AAGGAAAGUUGAGAUCUAGCUGCUAGACUCAGGGAGAAGCUCCAAACUGUAGAACAGGACUAGGAUUUCAAUGGAUAAUGAUCCUUGUGCCCCGGCACCUUCUACAAAUACAAAUACAACUUCAACAAGUAGAGCCAAAAGGGGGAAAGUAUGUCUGACGAAAGUUGCUCAGCGGAGGGCAAAAGGGGUCAUCCAACAUGUUGAUUUCAACGCACGUGGACAGCCAGUGGGUGAGGCAGCAGCUGAAAUGCAAAGUUACAUUGGCCUCCUUACACGUGAUCACGUGAAGAUAAACAUUAAGAAGUGGAAAGCUGUCCCGCAAGAUGUUAAAGACCUGAUAUGGGACACGGUUAAAUCUUCCUACGAUGUUCCCGAGCAGUGGAAGGCUGGAUGUAUGGAAUCUGCAAAUGCCAAGUGGCGAAGCUGGAAAUGUAGAAUGUACAAUGAAUUCAUUGUACCAUGUCAAGAUGACGCCUCGAAGUUGCAAGAACCACCACCGGGAAGUGGCAUUCUGCCAUUAGAAUGGAAUCAGUUUGUAGUCACUCGACUGUCGACUGAAUUUAAGAAUUUCAGUGCGCAACAAAAGGAGAGACGGAGUAAGAACAUAUACCCCCAUCGACUUUCCCGCAAAGGAUAUGCUAAAUUUGCCGAAGAGUUGAAGACGUCUGAUUUACACGGUGAUGAAGAUAUAGACAGAGCUACGAUGUGGAAGAAAGCAAGACUGACCAAGGACGGAGAAGUUCAGAAUGAUAACUUGAAGAAUGCUUUCCAGAAAAUAGAUGACUGCAUAAGGGAAAAGGAGGAAGGCCGAGUUGAUUCUUCAUCUUGUUCAAGCGAUUUGCUAUCACGUGCCCUGGAGAAACCUGAACAUAGUGGCCGUGUGCGAGGUUUAGGGGCAGGGGUGAAACCCAAAUCAUUCUUUGAAACACCUAGAGUUAAGAAACAAGAAAUUGAUGAGAAAGCGCAAACUGAGCUGGAAGAAGCAAAGAAGCAAAUAAAAGAACAAGAUGGACGCAUACUUGUUCUAGAUAAAGUGAUCUACGAGUUAGUAAGCAGAAUUGGAAAACUGGAAUCGAAGGUGGGUGAUAAGGACGAUAAGUCUGAAGGAUUAGGCAGCUGUUCUGUGAUAAAGCCUCAAAAGAUGCAGAUUGAAAACGAUGAAGACAUGAAGGUGGUUGAAAACGCUGAAGACAUCAAGAAACCUGAUAAAAAGACAUGUGGAAAAAAGAUUGAAAAGGAUGAAGACAUGAAGGUGGUUGAAAAUGAUGAAGACAUCAAGAGACCUGAUAAGAAGACACGUGGAAAAAAGAUUGAAAACGAUGAAGACAUGAAGGUGGUUGAAAACGAUGAAGACAUUGAGGUGGUUGAAAAAUCAGUUGGGUUGGAGGUAUUAUGUGAAUACUUUUGAAAAAUAUUUUUGGUCUUUUCUUCCUUUCAUCUAUUUUUGGUCUUUUCUUCCUUUCUAAUUGAUGUAGGGGAAGGUGGUUAAAUUACUUGAAGACGGAUCCAAAAAACUUGUAGCUUACGGAACGGUCAUGGUUGCUGGAGAUGUCCUUCACGGAUCUCCCUUUCCUGAAGACUGCUUACGUGUGGCGAUUGAUGAGGUUGUUGAUGAUAAUGCACGAUUACCCAAACCUAUUUCAGAUGACAUGGUUACAGUGGGAAAUGCAUUAGGAACCCAUGUAGCAUGGCCUACUCAUUUGGUGGUGGAGAAAUCAAUUGAGAAACCUGAUAAGAAGACACGUGGAAAAAAGAUUUUGAAAGAGUCCGCGGUGAAGAAUUUGUCAUCAUUGCCUUCAUCAUUGGUAGCACUAUAUUGUAUGAUGGAGAAGUCAUUCGCGGGUGAAGGAAUACGUCUUCCAAUAGACUUUGAAAUGUUUGGGCAAGAUCUAAGCGUUUGGAUUCUCUUGAAGGAUGAUGUGAUUCCCUUUUGUAAUCUGGAACCGAUUACAGGGAACAGCAUUAUCGCAUACAUUUGCCAUUCUUAUGGAAAGAUGAAGACAGAGGGAAGUCUUGGGAGGUUUAUGUUUGUGAAUCCAUUUACUGUAUCUCAUAAUCGACAAGACUCAACCGAGACAAGAGCCCGCAAACUAGCAGACAGGUUACUUCAGGCUUUAUCAAAUCAGCUGGUACUCGUUCCUUGCAACGUGGGUGGGCAUUGGAUUCUGACAAUCAUUGAUCUUGAGAAAGAUCGUGUCUCUUUGAUGGAUCCAAUUUGUCAUCGGAAUAAAGAUACCCCAUGGAAACUCGUCGUUGAC